GCUCCAGGGGCGAGGAUGGGCUGGAAGGGGACAGCUGGGGAGAUCGGGUUCCUGGGCCGCAACUCAACGACGCUCACCUGCCUCUCGGGGCUCGCUCCCGGCUUCUUCGCGGCAGCCGGCUUCGCACCUCGCGCCUCUCGCGAUAUGAGGACUCUGCGGGAGCGCGGGCAGGGCGGAAGUGGCCUUGGCGAGCUCCCGGGUGUCCGCCGCGUCACUGGCGGAGGCGUGCCCGCUUCCAAGAUGGCGGCGGCAGCGGCGGCGGUGUCAGGCGCUCUCGGCCGGGCGGGCUGGAGGCUCCUGCAGCUGCGGUGCCUGCCCGUGUCCCGUUGCCAGUCAGCCGUGGUGUCACGUGCCUUCCAUGCUUCAGCCGUGCAACUAAAGUCUUCAGAUGAGCAGAAGCAACAACCUCCCCCGUCUUUUUCUCAGCAACAUCCUGAGACACACAGAGCAGAAGAACCCAAGCCAGAGUCCUCUCGUCCACCCCCCAGGUACACAGAUCAGGGUGGUGAGGAGGAGGAGGACCAUGAGAGCGAGGAGCAGCUGCAGCACCGCAUCCUGACCGCAGCCCUGGAGUUCGUGCCUGCCCACGGGUGGACAGCAGAGGCCAUCGCGGAAGGAGCCCAGUCUCUGGGUCUCUCCACUGCAGCAGCCAGCAUGUUUGGGAAUGACGGCAGUGAGCUGGUACUGCAUUUUGUGACCCAGUGCAAUGCUCGGCUCACUCAUGUGCUGGAAGAGGAGCAGAAGCUGGUACAGCUGGGCCAGGCCGAGAAGAGGAAGACAGACCAGUUCCUGAGGGACGCAGUGGAAACCAGACUGAGAAUGCUGAUUCCGUACAUUGAGCACUGGCCCCGGGCCCUCGGCAUCCUCAUGCUCCCGCACAACAUCCCGUCCAGCCUAAGCCUGAUCACCAGUAUGGUGGAUGACAUGUGGCAUUACGCUGGGGACCAGUCCACUGAUUUUAACUGGUAUACCCGCCGAGCUGUGCUGGCUGGCAUCUACAACACGACAGAGCUGGUGAUGAUGCAGGACUCGUCCCCAGACUUCGAGGACACUUGGCGCUUCCUGGAAAACCGGAUUAACGACGCAAUGAACAUGGGCCACACUGCCAAGCAGGUAAAGUCCACUGGAGAGGCACUGGUUCAAGGACUCAUGGGUGCAGCAGUGACGCUCAAGAACCUGACCGGUCUAAACCAGCGCCGGUGAGCGGCAUGGGGUGUGAGCUAGAGUGCCCAGAAGAAGAUCUGCAGAUACAUUGAAAGGGCUUGGAAAGAUACGAAGUGCCGCCCAUGGAACAGGGUGUUAAUGAGAAAACGCUGGAGGACUCCUGAGUCACUACGACAGCCACCUGGAAACCACAGAGCACUUGAUACAGCUGUAGCCUGCGAUCAGGCUACUUCUCCAGUUCUAAAUACCAGGCCAGGCCUCCUGAUGCCUUUCUGCAUUACCACUGUGUGACAAAAAAUGAGGCUCUCAUCCAAGCGUUCAAGCCACAGACACCCGGCAUGUCCCUAUCUAUGGUCUCACAGAUACUUGAUCAUGUCUUAACCUUCCUAGAGUAAUCUCUGGGGCUCCCAAAUCAGAGUCAGGCUGUGAAACCUUUAUAAAGUGGCAGCCCAUCCCCAGCACAGCACAGACUUGUGCACACAGGCGUUCCUUGCACCCCUCCCCUUUCUGGUGUCCUGAGAUGCUGCACCUGGGAACCCCUCAGAAAGCUGCCUCACUUGAGACUGGUGCCUGCUGGACAGUGGUGCCCAGCCUGGCCGGAGGCGUGAACCCAGGCCGUUGUCGCAUUACACCAGCAUGUGUUGUAGGGUUAAGAGUCUGUACAAAUAGUAAUAAAAAUGUUUGAAGCA